AUGUCAGCGGCCGCCAUCGGAGUCGAAAACAGAUGUUUAAUGAAAAACCAAAAAAACGGCAACGGCACAUGUGACAGCAUCAAUGUAGACAUAAAUCAUAUAAUAAAAGAUAUCUACGGAUUUAAGCAUGGCAGGAAGAGAAGCGUCCAGUUUAUUAACGACGACACGUUAGUGAAUGGCCAGGACUUGAAGAAAAUUAUAAAGAGAAUAAAAAUUCAAGAGAGCUAUGGGAGCAGCAGUACGGGUAAACAUGGGCCAUGUGACCGUGAGAGGAAACAGGAGGAGGAUUCUUUGACGACACCUCCACAGGAUGCCACGUGCAGUAAUAGCGAGGACGCUGUUAAGAUUGGCUCGGACAGAGGAUCAGACAGGGGAUCGGACAGAGGGUCAGACAGAGGGUCGGACAGAGGGUCAGACAGAGGGUCGGACAGCGGCCUUGACAGCGGCGUGGACAACAACAGCCUCCUCCAGAGCAGCCCACACAGCUGCAACAGUAACAAGCACAUACGAAACAGCGACAAGCGGAGCUGCCCCCAAGAAUAUGACAACUUCUGCGAAAGCAACCGCUUUGUAAAAAGACAGGCCAGUAGCAGCAAUCUGGUGAGAGGCGACUCCGCAACGGAAUCGUUAGCUCACCGAGAAGAAAACAGAAAGCUUCUCUCCAAGCAGUUCGAACUCUGCAUCGAUAACGUCCUAGAGCAUAUCCGCUCCUGUAACGAAAUUAACCAAGCGAAGAAAAUUAUGAUUCCUCUGUUAAGUGAAUUUAUAUUAAAUAAUUUUUUGUCCCUGGAUGAUCAUGAGAGGGCUCAAAAUGGAUACAAAAUAAAUAUCGACACUUUGCAGAAGGAAAAAAAAGUUUUAAUAAGUGCCGUAAAAACGCAGUAUCAAAAAAUUAUACAAUUGCAAAAAUUGGUGGAGAGCCAAAAAUGUGAAAUAAAAAAAAAAAGCGAUGAGCUGAAUCAGAUUAAAGCCAAGGUGCAUCAGUACUUCUACGACAUUAACAAUCCUAACAAGAGAAUUUUUUCUAUAUUGUCCCCAGAUGUGUACUAA